ACCUCACGGCGUCCCGAAACCCCAAUCAGAUGAAUGUAGCACUCCGUAUAGUUGAACGGUGUCUCUGGCACAAGACCGAAUCGUUCUUACCGUCCUCUUCUUCGCCGUCGCCGGCACUGCCGAAAUCUCCACCGACUCCUCGUUUCCUUUCUUGCGGCGACGGCUGGGUGAGCGCCGCCGUCCUUCGCCAGGCCUUCGCUGGCGACGAGCAUCCACCAAGAAACACAUCAAGUUGUUUGGUGAUAAUGGACCCAAAGCAUUCAGCUGAAGUGUCCAAGCAUUUGGACAAGCAAAAUCAAGCACUAAUGGGCACAUACCGAGCAAUGUCCCAUGAGCUGCAUAAACUUCAGGUAGAAGAAGAAACAAUCAUGCGUAAGUUGUAUGAACUGAUGUCUGCAGAAGGGCUUCUUCCAAAGGAAAGAACUCUAAUUGAUGUUUUGUGUAGAUCAAGUUGCUUCUCAUGUUGAUGCUGCUUAUCGCAAGAAAGAAAAGCAACAGGAGGAAAAGGAUGUGGAAUCAACCCUGGAGAACAAAGAAUGGGAACCAUAAAGCUCAUUAACUCACAUAUGAUCCAACAUGGAUACCGGAUCAGCUGAAGAGCUAGGUGUCUGUUAGACUGUUAUCUUCUUUCUCCAUGGCAGUACUCUUCCAUCACACCUCAGACGACCACUGCAUUUAAAUUUGCAGUAUGAUGGAUUAGCAAUAGAGAAUUUCAGCUCCAGAUGUUUCACAAUUGAAUCUUUGAACCUGAAUAUUGGUGUAUAGAUGAACUGAACCAUCCCUUCUACUAUGAUGUUUGAAAUAUAGAUAUAGAUUAGCAGUAGUAUGGACUUUACCCUUUGUUCCCCCUUCUCAUAGAGCUAUUUGUUCCCAGGGACCGUGAGUGCACGGGCAUGCACAAAGUUUGUAUACUUAUAUUUUUUGGCUGAAGUUUGAUCUGUUUCGUUCAA